AUGGACCUGACGGGUCGUGUACAUGGUCGAGAAAAGAGAAUUGGCAGUUCUUAUUCUAAUCUAUCUAUCUAUCUAUCUAUCUAUCUAUCUAUCUAUCUAUCUAUCUAUCUAUCUAUCUAUCUAAUUCAUACCUAUUUUUCAUUAUUUGUUGAAAUACAUACACUUGCAACGAACACUCGCAUUAUAUUCGGACGCAAGACUAUCAUCAUCGCUGCAUUGCUACUGCAAGGUAUUACUGGAAUUCUGACUUCACAAAUCAUGAACAUGAAUGCGAUUCUCAUAUUCCGCGCUUUGACUGCCAUUGGAAUUGCUCUCUCUUUUGUGCCAUCAGUUGUGUUCGGAGCUGAAAUUUCGUCAAUGAAAAACAGAACUAAUGCCACCAUAGCAAUUCAGUUUUAUUUCACUGCCGGAUACUUUAUACUUAGCAUACUGACGUAUUAUAUACGAACUUGGAAGCUGAUCAUUCUACUGAUUUCUAUACCCUCAAUAGCAACUGGAUUACUUUUCAUUUGGUUAUUACCCGAGUCACCACGUUGGCUACUAACUGUGAAAAAGGAAAAGGAAGCAGAAAUAAUUCUGAAUAAAAUGGCCAAAGUUAACAAGAGAGAUUUCAGUUACAAAUCCGAUAAACUAGAAAUAUCGAUUUAUCCAGAUGAUACGACAGUGUAUAGAUACUUCUCCAAAUAUCUAGACGUCAUCUAUCAUGAAGAAUUGUGGUUCUCUCACGGAGGCUCCUUGCCUUGA